AUGUCCAGCCAACCUCUUCUCCAAACCGCGCCUGGCAAGCGAAUUGCCCUGCCCACCCGCGUCGAGCCCAAAGUCUUCUUCGCCAACGAGCGUACCUUCCUCUCCUGGCUCAACUUCACCGUCAUCCUGGGCGGUCUCGCCGUCGGCCUCCUCAACUUCGGUGACCGUAUCGGUCGCAUCUCCGCCGCCCUCUUCACCGUCAUCGCCAUGGGCGCCAUGAUCUACGCCCUCGUCACAUUCCAUUGGCGAGCACAAAGUAUCCGACGCCGCGGGCAGGGCGGCAUUGAUGACCGAUUCGGUCCCACCAUUCUGGCCAUUGCGCUUCUUGCGGCUGUGGUGGUGAACUUCAUUCUCCGCAUCAAGGACGGCCAGAUGAACUGA